UGACCGCUGACUCAGCUGCUCACCGCCUGCUGUUCUGCCGGACUCUCCCCGCGAGGCUCUCCGCAGUUCUGACGACAGCUCCCGCUCUAGAGCUCGCUGAUAUCUAGUGUCUUUCUUCGCUUCAUAGCUUCAUCUCUUCAACGGAGUCCUCUUUCGUUAUCAGAAGAUUUUUCAAGAAAUUUUAACUCAUCAGAACACAGAGCCUGGCGCUCUAACCCUUUAUCAUCAUGCAGGCUGCUCAGCAGUCUUGGGAGUUCGAGAAUACGAUCAACCUCAUCGACCCCCAACGUGAUGCGCUCUACAAAUACGACGAGGAUGCACACAAGGCUCUCGUUGCGGCACGGCCCUGGGCCAGAGACCCCCACUACUUCAAGUCGAUACGAAUCUCCGCCGUUGCUCUAUUGAAAAUGGUCAUGCACGCUCGAUCGGGAGGAUCACUAGAAGUCAUGGGUCUGAUGCAGGGUUAUAUCGCAGCGGAGACUUUUAUCGUCACGGACGCCUUCCGUCUCCCAGUUGAGGGAACAGAGACUCGAGUGAACGCGCAGGACGAGGCAAACGAGUACAUGGUCGGAUAUCUUCAAGCUUGCCGGGAUGCAGGACGGAUGGAGAACGCGGUGGGGUGGUAUCACAGCCAUCCCGGGUAUGGAUGCUGGCUCUCAGGAAUCGACGUCACGACGCAGGAUAUGCAGCAGAUGAGUGAUCCUUUCGUGGCGGUCGUUAUCGACCCCGAGCGUACCAUCUCCGCAGGGAAGGUCGAGAUUGGCGCCUUCCGCACAUUCCCCACAGACUACACGCCUCCCAAAGACCAGCAGGAAGAUGAUGAAUAUCAAAGCAUACCCCUGAACAAGGUUGAAGAUUUUGGUGCUCACGCCUCGCAUUAUUAUUCUCUCGACGUCUCGCAUUUCAAAAGCACUCUCGACACCCAACUGCUCUCCCUACUUUGGAAUAAAUACUGGGUUGCGACACUCAGUCAGAGCCCUCUUUUCACAAGUCGCGACUACGGUAGCAAGCAGAUGAUGGACCUGAGCCAGAAAGUAAGUCGUGCCGCACGCAAUGUUUCCAACAGCGCGUCAUCAGGCGGCUUCACUCCAUCCAAGGAUCAACAACUGGAGAAGGUCAUCCGUGACGGCCAACGGAUCGUUGCCGAGGAAGUGAAUGGACUCGUUGCUGCAGACAUCAAGAAACAGCUCUUCCAUGGUGGAGGGAGGGGAGAAACAAGAAAUAAAUAA